AUGUCAGCGUCAAAGCAAACCACGGAUCACAGUCGCAAAUUCGGCUUUAAAGAAACACGUGAGCAGUAUCAGCAACGGAAGAAGCAAGAAAAGCACUUGAAAUGGACGGAAAAGCUGUCGAAAGAGAACAUCGGAAAACUUCACGCGGAGUUGGAAUCUCUGAAGCGAGCCCGUUUCCUAGCACCUCAGCAAAACGAACGUAAGCGCCUUGUGCACCGCAUGAUUCAAGAGCUUGAGGCGACGGAAAGCAAGGAACCCGAAGAGGCGCCUGCUGUGGCCCCCACCCCAUCUAUUGUAGACUCAGACUCUGAUGAUGAUCUUUUUUUCUCAAAACGCACCGCUACAAACGACGAGAACAAACGUCUUUUUGUACCUCGUUCGAUCCGCAGAAAGGUAGAAAAGAAGAAAACUGAAAGGACUACUCAGCAGCUUGCUGACGAGGCUGAAAAAGAGCUUCUCACCGCUCAGCACGACAAUGAUGAUAUCGACUCAUUUCUCAACUCUUUUCAAUGA